CACGCACAAAAGAAAGGGGGCAGCAAAAUCGCUAAAUCUUAGCGGGAACGUCCCAAAUGGUAGAGAUUCGCGUCAAAGUUUCGGCCUUUUUUCCGCACUUUAGCCCGUGUCAAACAGUCAAUCAGUCUAGUUUCCAUGUGUUAACGACGCCCUUGCGGCAGGGAAUGUUGUUUGACAUUAACUCCUCGGUGAUAGGGCUUCUGGGUUAAGUGCGAAGAACAACUUAUCACCGCGCCCUUUUGUGUUGUUUCUUAGAAUCCAUGCGAUUUGCAUGCAUGACAUAGGUGGAGCGGAACAAUCCGUUUAAUUAAACUUCAACAAUCAAUCAUAGAACACAUCAACAUGACUUCAUCAUCAUCCUGAUAUAACGUAAUACUCAAUGGGUCCAAGAGCAAGGGUAAAGAUAUAAAUACUAGAACUAAAUCAAGCUCAAUUCCCAACAACAACACAACAACAACUCACUACCAUCAUCACUCACUCAUCAUGCGUGUUCUCAUCUCUGGUGCAGGUAUUGCCGGCCCCGUAUUGGCUUACCAUCUUUCAAAAGGAAUCAAUGCUCAAGUCACAGUCUUGGAACGUGCUGAGAAACUCUUAGCACAAGGGCAAAACAUCGAUAUUCGAGGAACAGCAAUGAAGGUAAUUCGUGAAAUGGGUUUAUAUGAUGAACUUAAAAAGCGUAAUACAACCGAAAUUGGUUGUCAAUUCGUUACCGGAAAAGGUAAACCUAUCGCAAGUUUUCCCGUUUGGAUCGAAGGUGUGGAAACAAAAUGUCCAAGUCCAACAUCGGAAUACGAAAUCUUACGUGGUGAUUUAGCAGAUAUGCUUUACCAAGCCACAAUUCAUGACAGCAACAUUCAAUACAAAUUCAGCGUUACAGUAGAAAAGGUAUUGGAAAAUACCGAAGAUCACGUAAAAGUUCGUUUGAGUAACGGAGAGGAAAUCGAGUAUGACGUUUUAGUUGCAGCUGAUGGUCAAUGGUCAAAAAUACGCAAGCAAUGCUUUGAUGAGGAAGAUUUGCAAGUGGUAGAUAAGAAUAUGUACAUCGGAUAUUGGACUGCCCCUCGUGAUUCGAGUGAUAAUGAUUGGUGGAGAAUUUAUCAUACCACAAAAUCACGUUUGAUCUCUUUACGACCUGAUCCUUAUGGUACAAUUCGACCAAUGUUCAGCAAAAUGCCUGCCACAGAAGAGGAAAAGGAGAAAUGGCGUAAAGUAUCAAGAUCGCAUGAUCGAGCUGCGCAAAUCAGCUUAUUAAAAGAAGAAUUUGCAGAUGCAGGAUAUGAAGCAGACCGAUUGAUGAAAUCGUUGGAUACUGCAGAAGAUUUCUACUUCCAAGCAGUUUCGCAAAUUCGAAUGAAGAAAUGGUCAGUUGGACGUGUGGUGUGCGUUGGUGAUGCAGCUUAUGCUCCAACUCCGUUGACCGGAAUGGGAACACCUUUGGCCAUUUUGGGAGCAUAUGUUCUAGCAGGAGAAUUGACGUCGCUCAAGAAAGGUGAGAAUCCAAGCGGAGCUCUGAAGGAAUACGAGAAUGCAUUUAAACCAUUUGUUGCAAAGAUUCAAGAUGUUCCUUCUUUCAUUCCUGGAGUCAUGCAUCCAAAGAGUUCAUUUGGAAUUGGAAUUUUGCAUACAGUCUUUUGGGUACUUUGCAAGAUCUUUACUCAGCCUUUCAUUGCGAGAAAAUUCCCUGAAGGAGAAGAUGAGGAGGAUUAUAAGCUAAAAGAAUAUCCAAUCUUGCAACAAUUGGCUUCCAAAACGAAAUCGACAACCACUUCCGAGAAAGCUUGAGAAUGAUUUCAUUUCUUGUAUAUACCUUUUCUAUAUAUUGCCAUCAUUUUGUAUAUUAUAUUCUAGAUUGACAAUUUAUUCACUUCUCUUUUCUCGGUGU